CUCGACUCUUUCGCAACUCCUUUCGCUCCUUCACCCAGUUUGCUUCCGUUGCCGUUUGAACAGCUCGCAGACGCAUGCGAUUACGGAUGGGGCUAUUGUAGGAGGUGCUUGACGAGUCAAAGACGAUCUUUAUUUGCGAGAAAAUGGGAAAUGGUCGAAUUUAUGGCAGACGCCCCUCUUGCUCUUGGACCACAGUGCCCUGGGCUGUGAUCGCUUCUGCCGAGGUCGACAGACUCAAUGUCGUCUGUCCCUGCGGCAUUUCAUCGUUGAAAGUAUCUUCUUUCUCAAAGCAACAAGGCGCUACGCACAGGCCAUACCUUUCGUCAAGCCCGCAUCCUACGUAAGUAUACUAUUUUUCUGCGUUCAGGCCUGAUAUCCACCCAAAGCGGUCUGCCGACAGUGCUCGACCCCUUUGGCGAUUUGAAGUACUUUCCUACAACGCCCGGAUACCCCGUCAACAUUUGUCUGAGUCAUUUGAAGACUGGCCGGCGCGGUCAACGUUGUCGAGCGAGCAACCAAGCACGGGGAAGCCUUGAUCCUGCCACUUUUCGCUCGCGCAACACGUAACACGGGCGUCCUGCUUGGCUACUCCCACCAUCGUCUUUGGGCACUCCAUCCUUAUUCUCACUUCACGGCUCGACGACGAAUCACACCGAGCCCGAAAGUUUUUGGCACGACCUUGAAGUCCCAUCAUCGUCGGUGUUAUUGGGGGAGAAUAGCAAGUUGAACUAUUCACACAUUCUUGUCUCUUGUGCCCUUGUUCUCGACAGCUAUCCACGCUUCCUAACCUCCCAGAGCCGAAAUGAGGAACGACGGUGCCUCGUCAUCACACAGAGGCCGGGGUGUGGAUGAAUGGCGGCCUGAGAACAAUCGGUAUGACCAGUCCCCGUCCAAAGACAGCUACCGGCGUGGCGGGAGAGAUGACUACGGUCCUCGCGACACGGACCCGUAUGGAAGGGACUAUCCUUCCAACAGACAGUACCCAGAUCCAUACGACGACGACGCUCGUCCGACCACCUCAUAUAUGGACCCCUCAGGCAGGUCACCGCCGGGUUAUGACGACAGGGACCUGGGUUGGAGCCGUUGGACACCCAAGGACAAUCGCCAAAACCAUCGCGGCAGAGGAAACUUGGAUUUCAACGACCGCCACAAGGAUGGUGGACGGAAAGAAGAAAACAGUCAGUUCAAGGAGCGGCGGCGAGACAAUGGCUGGGCCUCGAGGCGCCGCAACAAUGCGGAGACAACAACAAAUGCGAACGCUAUUCCUCUUGGAGGCGGGGAGUUGCCAUCCAACGACGACCGUAACGCAGAGCCCAGUAGCUCGUGGCAGCCCACCCACAAUGGACGCGGCGAGGGUCAACGUAAAAAACACAAGAAGAAAAAGAAAAACCAAAACGACAAGCGCAAUAACCGAGAUUGGCGCAAUGACGACGGUCAUCUGAACAAGUGCGUUCUCUUUCCUUAUUUCUGUAGCUCUUUUGUAGACCUCCCGCAGCUGGCAGAAACGGGAAGGAGGUGGGGUGCCCAACAAGAACCCGCGACAGAUGCGCAAGCCCCAGCGACGCUCGCCAUCAAAGUCAAGGUCAAGAUCUCCAGCAGAUUCAUAUUAUUCGAGAAGGUCCUCUCGCGGACGUUCUCGUUCCAAGUCUGUUGACAGCUUGCGAUACAGGAGAGGAGACAGUCGACCACCCCGUAGCCGCAGUCCUGUAGACCGGUGGUCAGAUCGCGAUAAGGGUGGACGCCCGUCCAGACGGUACACACCCUCUCCGUCUCCGUCUCCACCAAGGCGCUACAGGAAUUCGCGGAGUCCGCCACCACGGCGAGGUCGAUCGUGGGGCAGGACCCCUUCUACAAGAACAGACUAUAGCCGCAGCCACAGUCGCAGUCGGACUCGAAGUCGUAGUCGAAGCGUUACUCCCGAACGUGAUCGCCCUAGGGCGGUGCAUCGACUACCCGCGGCUACGUCGUUGGAGGAUGUUCGUCGAUGGGUUAACGUGCAAUCCAAAUCACCGUCUCGUCGCUUCCAGCAACGCAAUAGUGAUGGACAUCCAAAGCUGACCAAGGCCGAGGUACAUAAUUCAAC